CAUAAAAGUAGAAAACAUAAAUGAUCUUAUUCAGUAUUGUAAUGUAAUGUCAAUAAGCCAUUUAUUAUGUAUUUGCCUAUUUUGAGGUUUGAAGGUCACACCAGACUGAAUUUCAGAAAGAAACUGAAAAUUCAAAACACUGAAGUCAAAUGUUGAAUUUUUAUCUAUUAAAUCUUUUUGUAUAGAAGGGCGAUCAGUCCAACUGUCUAGAAAGGGGGACUCAAGGGCUAAAGAAAAAAAAGACAAUAGAGAUUUCAAAGUAUAAUUUCCAAGUAUAUGGGCGGCCACGAGGUCAGUACCUCAGAGCGGGCAAGGACAAAGACUCCAAGCUAGCCAUCAUUUAUUGGGAACAUACAGUAACUGGAGGGAGUAUCAGGUGACUUAGGGGCCAGCGGUGAUCCUAUGUCCUUGUGGAUCUUAAGGUGAUGAAGAUCUUGGAUGAGGUCUAUGUUGAUGAGGGUGGAAGGAGAGCAUUCUUACAAUAGUAGGUGGGACAAGAUAGUAGGCUAAUAAAGAAAUAGUUCUUCCCCUAGGUGAAAACUUUCUCUGUUUUUAAAUUACUACUGGUUCUCUGAAGAGCCAGGAUGUCUUCACUGAAGAACCAGGAUGUCUUCACCUGAUGUACCCUUGCUUGCCCUUGAACAUCACACACAGUAUCACAGGAUGCAACUACCAAGUGGUGGAUUGUCUUAACUACAAGGCCUGAGCAAGCCAAAAUUCCUUCCGUAUAGAAUAUGAUACCUUUGGUGAACUGAAGGUCCCAAAUGAUAAGUAUUAUGGUGCCCAGACUGUGAGAUCUAUGAUGAACUUUAAGAUUGGAGGUGUGACAGAACGUAUGCCAAUCCCAGUUAUUAAAGCUUUUGGCAUCUUGAAACGAGCAGCUGCUGAAGUAAACCAGGAUUAUGGUCUUGAUCCAAAGAUUGCUACUGCAAUAAUGAAGGCAGCAGAUGAGGUAGCUGAAGGUAAAUUGAAUGAUCACUUUCCCCUUGUGGUAUGGCAGACUGGAUCAGGAACCCAGACAAAUAUGAAUGUAAAUGAAGUCAUUAGCAAUAGAGCAAUUGAAAUGUUAGGAUGUGAACUUGGCAGCAAGAAACCUGUUCAUCCCAAUGAUCAUGUUAAUAAGAGCCAGAGCUCCAAUGAUACUUUCCCCACAGCAAUGCACAUUGCUGCUGCCAUAGAAGUUCAUGAAGUACUGUUACCAGGGCUGCAGAAGCUACAUGAUGCUCUCAGUGCUAAAUCCAAAGAGUUUGCGCAGAUCAUCAAAAUCGGGCGGACUCACACUCAGGACGCUGUUCCACUCACUCUUGGGCAGGAAUUUAGUGGUUAUGUGCAACAAGUGCAGUAUGCCAUGGUGAGAAUAAAAGCUACCAUGCCGAGAAUGUAUGAACUUGCAGCCGGAGGUACUGCUGUUGGCACUGGCUUAAAUACCAGAAUUGGCUUUGCGGAAAAGGUUGCUGCGAAAGUGGCUGCACUCACAGGCUUGCCUUUUGUCACUGCUCCAAAUAAAUUUGAAGCUCUGGCUGCUCAUGAUGCUCUGGUUGAGCUCAGUGGCGCCAUGAACACCACUGCUUGCAGUCUGAUGAAGAUAGCAAAUGAUAUUCGCUUUCUGGGUUCUGGUCCUCGGUCAGGUCUGGGAGAGCUGAUCUUGCCUGAAAAUGAACCAGGAAGCAGUAUCAUGCCAGGCAAGGUGAACCCUACCCAGUGUGAAGCAAUGACCAUGGUUGCAGCCCAGGUUAUGGGGAAUCAUGUUGCUGUCACCGUGGGAGGCAGCAAUGGACAUUUUGAGUUGAAUGUUUUCAAACCAAUGAUGAUUAAAAAUGUGUUACACUCAGCCAGGCUUCUGGGGGAUGCUUCAGUUUCCUUCACAGAAAACUGUGUGGUGGGGAUCCAAGCCAACACAGAAAGGAUCAACAAACUAAUGAAUGAGUCUCUGAUGUUGGUGACUGCUCUUAAUCCUCAUAUAGGGUAUGACAAGGCAGCAAAAAUUGCUAAAACUGCGCACAAAAAUGGAUCUACCUUAAAGGAAACUGCUAUUGAACUUGGCUAUCUCACAGCAGAGCAGUUUGAUGAGUGGGUAAAACCUAAGGACAUGCUGGGUCCAAAGUGAUUCAAAUAAGUUUAUAAUAAACGUGUAAAAUUUUUAAAAAGGACUCUAUUUUUCUAAUCAAAAAUGGAUACGUUUGAAGGGAAACUACUAGACUUGAGACUCUCUAGCAGAAUAAUUGGAUCAGUGUACAAAAACCUUAGGAUAUGAUAGAUCCAAAGUGAAUUAAAUAAGUGUAAAAUUACAUUGCAUAAAAUAAAAAGAAACCAGCCUAAUUUUUCUUUUA